UCUCAAUAUAACCUAUCAUCAUAACCGUGUUGUUUCACAUUUGAGUGAAAAAUGCAUCCACAAGCUAAAACAAAACUCAUUAUGUGACGUUGACUGAUGUUUCUUUAUAUAAAUAUGUGCAUUUGUUUUCCUUGUUAUUCCUAUUCAUUACUUAUGAGUUCCUUCUUUCUAGUUUCCUUGGUAGCCACCGGCUAACUACAUUCUUGCUGACAGCAGAGAUUCGGGCAUAAUACAUAGAUGUUUGUCAGCUGACAUUUGUGUGAUGCUAGCUUGUUAGCUUCGGAGUUAGCAGGAAGGAUCCUGCACUCAUUCCGCGUUUCUCGAACUAGCUGCGUUUGCUCUUUAAUAGUUCAACCAUUUCUUGUUUGACCUGAACAUUGAUUAUGUGACCAAAGCGAGCAGGUUUAGUAUGAAAGAAAUGAUCUAACUCCUUAUAGGACUGGCGAGCUAGCAGCCAGGAAUCAAAUAUUCCUGGCAACCGUAGCUAAUUUAGCUGUGACCCAUGUGACAGUUGUUAUCUUUUAUAUAUGCCAUUGGUUGUUAUUAUACAUCCAUGAUGACCGCAGGUUAACGUUAGCUAACCAACGGGCGUCUUCAUGGAAAGCUUUACAGUGUUAGCUAGCUAAGCUUUCGAGAUUGGUCGGAAUGGUGAGUUAUGUGAACUCCCUGUAGACUCGGAGCGGCUACUGCUGAGAUAAAUGUUGAUUAAAUGGCAACAAUUGAGCAGGGCAAUGGACUUGACUUGCGGAGCGGCACAGAUAAGCUGACAGAUAAUGGGAAAGGCAGCUCACAUGCAUCCGACCCAGAGGUAAACGGUGUCCCCGGGGAGACUCAGGUGGAUAAGUACGGAUUCACAGGAGGAGCCCAGCAGCACACCGGAAAAUUUGCUGAAGAAAUCCCAAUUGAGGUGCUGAGGCAGCGGGAGGCAAAAUGGCUGGAGAUGCUCAACAGCUGGGACAAGUGGAUGGCCAAAAAACACAAGAAGGUGAAAGAGCGCUGUCAGAAGGGGAUCCCUCCAUCCCUGCGUGGCCGGGCUUGGCUCUACCUCACCGGGGGCAAAGUGAGAAGGGAGCAAAACCAGGGCAAAUUCCAGGAACUGGACAGUCAGCCAGGAGAUCCUAAAUGGAUAGAUAUUAUUGAGCGGGACCUCCAUCGACAGUUCCCCUUCCAUGAAAUGUUUGCAGCGAGGGGAGGUCAUGGGCAGCAAGACCUGCUCCGCGUGUUGAAGGCAUAUACUCUGCAUCGUCCGGAAGAGGGUUAUUGUCAGGCUCAGGCUCCCAUCGCUGCUGUACUCCUCAUGCAUAUGCCAGCAGAGGAUGCAUUCUGGGUUCUUGUCCAGAUCUGUGAAAAAUACCUUCCAGGAUACUACAGUACAGGGCUGGAGGCGAUCCAGCUGGACGGGGAGAUCCUGUAUGCUCUGCUGCGGCGGGUGUCUCCUGUGGCCCACCGUCACCUGAAGAAGCACAAGCUGGAGCCCAUCCUGUACAUGACCGAGUGGUACAUGUGCGCCUUCUCUCGGACUCUGCCAUGGGCCUCAGUGCUGCGUGUCUGGGACAUGUUCCUUUGUGAGGGAGUAAAGAUCCUCUUUCGAGUGGGCCUGGUUCUCCUGAAAUGCAUGUUGGGAUCCCAAGAGAAACUGAAGGCCUGUCAAGGUCUCUAUGAAACAAUGGAGCUGCUCCGAGCUAUACAGCCACAGUACAUGCAAGAAGUCUUCCUGGUGCACGAGAUUAUUGAGUUAAUGGUGUCUGAGAAAGACAUUGAGAAGGAACACCAUGCUCAGCUGCGGCGCUGGAAGGAGACCCAUGGAGAUCUACACUGCAAGUCUCCUCCCAGGAUGCACGGCGCUAAGGCCAUCAUGACUGCUGAGCCGCCCAGUCAUCAGGACCUGAGACAGAGACCCACCAUUAUUGUGGAAUCUCCCUUGGCACACAAGACAGUUGGGAAGAGAGAAGAGGAUGCCAAAGAAAGUGUAAAGACUGAAGAGGAAAAACAGAAGAAAACAAUCCCACUGCCACAGGAGACUGUUAUUCCUUACCGCCCUCCCACUGACCCCUCACCUCUCCUCAAACACUUGACUGUACAAGGGUCCAAAGAGAGUCUGAGCAGUGCAGACCAUGACACUUACCUGUAGCAAGGUAAGUAUCACCAGUUUACUAACAUAAAUCAUUCCAUACAGCCUUUGCUAACUUACUAACGCUCACAGUUUUCAGUCAAAGUUCUCACAUGUCGCAGUGACACGAGAAACCUUUCCAUGACUUAUUUUAUCUGUGGUAGUCAUGACUGUGACAGCUUUUUAUUAAAAUGGUUAUUUUUACAAUCAAGAAAAAAGUUAGCGUGUUUUCAAAGCUGGCAAAAAUGCCAUUGCUCAGACUGCUAAGCAGUCACUGUAAUGCUGAAUACAUUUUUGCUGUCAUUUCAUUUAUACAGGUUUCUAUUUACUCUACUUUACUCUACUAACUUUAAUAAGUUGUCAUUAAAAUUUAGCAUAAAAGUGUAUGGAACUCAGAAGUGUGUAAUUGUCAGGGAGCAACAACAGAUAGCGACUAUGUGCCCUGUGCACACGUGUCUAUGAGGUUUUAUCCUGUGGAUCUAUUAGCUUCAUAUGACUGAACAUGUAGAGAUAUACCCUCACUAACUCACUGUUAACAGCUACUGCUGCUAUUUACCUCCUUGAAUUUUAAAUGUACCUCCUAGAUUUUUUCUUUUGUUAUAAAUGAAGUCGGAUUUUGUCUUGAUUGAUGAGGUCUUUUCUAGAGCACUUUGCCUUUUAUAGUCUUCCUCCUUUGGCUAUGUUAGUCACUACGUUGCCAGCGCAGAGAUGCGUUUUUACCCUGCUUUGAUAGACUCGCACAAAUUUGCAGACACACAGUUAAUCAGUGUGUCUGUCAUCCAGGAGUUUGUCUUUCUGUUGUUGAACACUAGAGGGCAUCCUGAGAUUAUCUCACAGCCGCAGCAGUGACCAGCAGUCGUCUGUGUGACGGACAUAAUGAAGGAAGAAGUGUGCAGGGACAUUUUGUGCCACUAAGCCAAAGAUUUGUAAUGCAUAUUUUUAAGAUAUAUGUUGUCCGAGCAGUUUAUUCAAUCAUAUUGUUAUACAGUAUUAGGGAUAGGAUUGGGUUUAUAUCAAUGUUGUGAAUGGGAUAUGGCAAAAUGCCAUUUUAAAGAACACUAAUAUAAAGCUGUUUUUUUUUUUUUACAAUCAUACUUAGUGCAUCCCUUAGGCUUAGAUAUAUUUUACUAUAAAAGAAAAAUAUGGCAUUAGGAGUUUUUUUUAAACCAGGAAAUUCCACUCAAAUGUGCUGAAGUAUCUAGUAUUCUUUGUUGACAAAACUGCUUUGAACAACCUUUUAAAAGAAUACAAAACCAAAAAGACUAAUCAUGAAGUCCAAGUAAUGUACACAUAUAAUCUUCAGAAGUUCUUUUCUAAUGGCAUUAUUUAGAUAAAAAGAUAUUAAAAGUCAAAAGAGCCAUAAACCUUUGAUAAUGACUGAACGGUAUGUUAAAACUAAUUUUAUCUGAGAUGUUCCAAUGAAGAAAUUGUUUGUUUGAAAAACUCAACAUUUAACUCCCAGUCCAGGAAAUUCCUUUAUCAGCAGUUACAUGUGUAACAGUAACUCUGAUUAGUUGCUAGGGGUGUGCAAAAAAAUCGAUUCACAUUCGAAUCGCGAUUCAAGCUCUAC